AUUAGUUUUAAUAACAUUAAUUUAGAGUUUACGUUUUAAAUGGCAAAGUAGGUGAUAAGUCUUGUGAAUUCAAUUCAAAGGAAUACCGAUUUGCUCAAAAUGGAUGCAGACGUCGAUUCAGUGUCUGAUGCUACAGCUGAUGAGCUGCCUCUGCUGGACCUCCAAACCGACCCUCGAGUACUAUGGCUGAAGAAACGAGUCCUCUCAUACAUUGGCAUGGACGAUGACGAGUUGUUCUACAAUAUGAUGGACACACCCGAAGCUAAAGAGAAGCUAACUACGUUCCUCACUCAGCCGCUGAAGCCUAACGAACAAUCGUUGGACAAAAGAACAUUUUAUGUCACAAAGAUAAUUGUCGACAAACUUAUUCAUGAGGACAUAGAAUUUACGGAAUGGAGAAUCAUCCCGCCUCCUGUACCACCACCGCCGCCGCCUAAAAAGAAGAAGAAGAAAGGAAAAGAACCGCCCCCUCCAGAGCCAGAGGAAGAACUAUCAAAGAAGAGCGCUAAAAGCAUGAAGAGCAUGAAAAGUAUGAAGAGCAUGAAAAGCAUGAAAAGUAUGAAAAGUGUCAAAGACAUGGAACCUGAAGUGGAAGAAGAAUUCGACAUUGAAACUGCGGCGGGAACGAUAACAGAGGAAGAGGAGGUGGACCCUAAAAGCACAUACGAGUUGGAACACGUCGAGGAAGAAGAGAAACCUCGUAUCACAGAAGAGAAAUACUCUUUUCCGCCUCCACCCGAGGAUUUGGAUCCUGAUGUCGACGGGACUUUGGAAUUCUAUACUGUUAUUCGCUCCAUACCCCGUAUAAUCCAGUAUCCAAAACUGAUACCAGUAUUCGGAGGGUUCACACCUCAGAACACCCAUCGCAACCGUCGCUACAUAUACUUUCUGAGGCAGACGCAGGACGGAAUACCACUGCUGGAGAAUGAUGAGAUCACUCAGCUGAUGAUGUCCAAGUUUAUACUCAUUGGAUCCACAACUGGGAAAGUGUUGAUGAGCUUGGGAAUGCGACUUAAAGAGUCGUUUAUACCACUAUUUGAGAAUCAAUUCCGCGAAGUGACGGCCAGGGAGCCGGAUUCCAGCCAGUCUAUGCUGUCCAGGCAAAUAUCAUUUGCCGGAAAACACCACAAAAUGGACGAGACUGCUUCUCAAGUCAACUAUCUUCGGCCGUCUGACUACCGCAGGAUGUCAAAUAUAGCACGAGGGGAAAAUGCCGAAAAAAGAAUUAAAAAUAUGCGUUCUGACUCUGCGACGGAAAUGCGGAAAUCACCAAAGAGACCGACGUCUGCGUUUGAAUCGGAAUUUGCCAUGGCGCCUGAUAGUGCUGUAGUGAAAACGGAUGAACAAAAAUCCACAGCAGAGGAAGUCACCACUGACAUCAAAGAACUUGUUUCCAUCGUUGAUUGGACAAUAGAACACAUCGAAGGUGAGAUCCAGCUGCCCAUGCCGAAUAUGGAUUCGUUUAUGGAGGAACAACCUGGCCACGUGGGUUUCGCUGACCCAGAGGUCACGGCUCAGCUUGAGGAGGCGGUCGCUAUGUGGCAGACGCACAUCGAUGGCAUCCUCACGCAACAGAUGGGAAAGACGCGAGAAGGCGAAGGUCCAGUUGCCGAAUACAAGUACUGGCGUGAAAGAGACGCCGAAAUAUCGCUACUGGUGGAACAGCUAAAGCAACCCAUGGUCGUCAAAAUACUAUCAAUGCUGCAAAAAACCGGCUCGCCCGCUUUGGAUGAGUUUAGGAGUUACAAAGAGGUGCUAGUAGAGCAAUACAAUUUGGCUGGGGACAACCUGAAGUUCCUCUCGACCUUGAUGCGGUUUUUUACUGUGAUCGAAGACGACUCGCCCCUACAGCAAGUGAUAGAAAUGCUUCCAGAACUGGUAGAAAGCAUAUACAUGAUGUGGGUCUUAUCUAAGGGCUACCGCACCGAUGAGACGAUGGUGCCGCUUCUAUCGAGGAUCUCGUGGGCUCUUUGUGACAAGCUUGAGCGGUUCCUGAAUGUGCAUAAGUUGUUUGACAAGCCAAACGAAGAAGUGCUAACCCUAGCUCGAGCCGGUCAGAAAAUAAUGGAGAUGUGGCACAUACUUUACAAAGAAACCCGGCGGAACAUCGAACUCAGUGGAAAAGGCGCACGCUGGGAAUUCGAUCAACCGCUACUGUUUACGCGUACCGACUACAUAGGGACUGUUGCUAGAGACUUGGGCGAUGUCGUUCAGGUCCUAAUAGACUUCGAGCGCAUUUUCGGUCUCGAACUGAAAUCGAUCAUCAGCGACCCAACGCAGAUCGAUGACGUGCGCAAACGCGUCAAGAAUCUUGUUUAUCCCAUACGCACCAUAGACUUCAGUGUAUUUGUGUUCGACAAUAAAGAAAACUGGGACGUCAUUAUGGGAGACUUUUGGAGCGAAGUGCGCUAUUUGGAGGAAGAAGCGAAGAACUAUAUUAAUCAAAGCUUUGGUAACUUAAGGUCUUCAGAAGAAGCUUUGACAGUGUUGCUUAAGUUCCUGGAGUUUGACACUCGCGAGUCCAUACGUCGGCAGCUGUCAACCAAGUUUGACCUGGUCAUGCGCCAGUUCAUCAAGGAGAUCACUGCUAUCGAAGACAAGUUUACCCGAUUUCGUAAAAAUCCACCUCUACUUCGGAACCACCCACCGGUCGCUGGUGCUAUCUACUGGGCACGAGCUUUGUUCAACAAGAUGAAACAACCUAUCAUGAGGUUCCAGAAGGUCCCAGAACUGAACGAAUGUGAACAGAAGAAAGAAGCGUUCAUCCAAUACAAGGCUUUCUCUAAACUCAUCAAGGAGUACGAAGACAACAAAUACAAGGAAUGGGUGCAGACCGCGUCUGAAUUCGUAGAUAACAUGAUGAAGAGGAACAUUUUGAAGGUCAUGUUCAAAAAGGAAGAUGAGCCGCCACCCAGCGGCGGCCGGGGCAUGCAAGUGACUGCGGCGGGGAGAGCGCACAUGGCCAAGAAAAAGGCGUCGCUGGCUUCGCUGCAUCCCGCUGACAUCGUCAAUAAGGAGAUCGCCGACAAGAGGCGAAGGGAUAAAGCAUUAAUGUUGAUGAGGAUUCCCGGUCAACACUACGAAAAUGUUCGAUCGCCGAGUUCAGUGUCACUGUUGGCGAAAGAAGGAUUGACCGAUGUAACAUGGCGAGACCUAACAGUACACAAAUUGAUGCAAGAAUACGAUUUGGAGUUCCAUCCCAAUUUCAACAGGGACAUCUUUCAAGUAAUUCACGAAGCCGAAUUGAUGGAGCAACUUGGGUUCGAUGUCCCAUCAAACAUCCGAGACGUGGCUAUGCAAAAAUCUCGCCUAUACUACGAAUUAGAGGCCUUACAGGAGGUUAUAACCAAGUAUAACGAAAACGUAGCCUCGCUCAGUCCUUCAGAGACGCAUCUGAUGAAGCGACAUCUUCUGGACAUGGAGAGACACAUCUUGCCGGGACUUACCAGGGUUACGUGGACUGCUCUUGGCAUUAAUGACUAUAUCAAAGACAUCACUAAAGGUGAAAGUUCCCUUCGAGCUGUAUACAAGCAAUUGAAGAUGGUUGAGAAAGAGAUCCAGUUCCUGAUCGACCAAGUGGAACUGUUCGACUUGUUCCCGAUCGUGCGUCCUCAGAACUACGUUGAUCCUGUUACUAAGGAACCGGACGAUACUUGGCUGUAUCCAUGCAAGACGUACUUUGUGGAGGUUGAAAACGAACGCCUCGAACGGGUUGCAUCACUGUCUCGGAUAUUCGACCGCAUCGGGCCCAUCCUCAUGAAGCUCGAGUAUUUGAUAUUGGGCACUAGCACUGGGAAAUCGAAUGUCAUGACGUCAUAUUACACGUAUUGGGAGAGGAAGAUAUUCAAGUGCCUUGUCAAAUUCACCCUGGAAAAUUUGGAGCAGUUCCAGCAAAUGUUAAGCGACAAAACACCCAUGUUCCAAGUGGAUGCCGCGCUAGUGCCGCCUGAUAUCACCAUGCGGCCCACCUCGCCCGAGGUCUGCAACAUCGUCGGGUACAACAUCAAGCACUUCCUCAACAGGGCAGGGGACAGGGGACAGACGCUGAUGUUCCAAGUGGACGCCGCGCUGGUGCCUCCCGACAUCACCAUGCUGCCCACCUCGCCCGAGGUCUGCAACAUCGUCGGGUACAACAUCAAGCACUUCCUCAACAGGGCAGGGGACAGGGGACAGAUGCCGAGCGACAAGACGCCAAUGUUCCAAGUGGACGCCGCGCUGGUGUCGCCCGACAUCACCAUGCGGCCCACCUCGCCCGAGGUCUGCAACAUCGUCGGGUACAACAUCAAGCACUUCCUCAACAGAUUGACAACCUUCCCACGAUGGAUGAAGAAAACCUGCCUGCCGUGUCCGCCUCAGCGCAUAGCCGAAGCGACCGGCAACGAGUUCUAUGUGUUUUCGUACUUCGAAGACAUCUUACGUGUGGUAGCCAUCAAUGACGUCACCAUGCUCAUACAAGACACCAUCUAUCGACUGACCAUGGAUAUCAAUACUUAUAUUCAGAAGUGGCAGAAAUACCAACACCUAUGGGCAUUCGAUAAGAAUCUAUCAUGCGAAAAGUACAUUCAGAAGCACGAACAAAUCUUCAAGUACGACGAGAAGUUCUUUUUCUUCGAAGAUAUAAUAUCAGACUUGGAUGCCCACGUUAAAUACGUGGACGUUGGAGCUAUAAGAGUGAACCUUCGGCCUAUCAUCAGCCAAGUACAGGGACAUGCGCAGGAGUGGAAGAACAUUCUGGGCAACUGCAUCGCGUCCAAGACCAGAAUGAACAUGUACGACUUGAAGAAUCAAAUUGAGUCUCUUCGCAUGACAAUGAAUAUGAACAUCAAAGGGCUGGAAGACUUCAAGCUGGUGAUGGCGACCAUAGGUCAAGUGCAAGCCCUCACUAUCACCGCCGAGGUCAAAUACCGCGGCAUGCAGGAAAUCUUCCACAUGCUCAGGCAGCAUGGGAUUGAUGUAUCAGAUGAUGAUCUUCAAUUCGCAAAGAACCUGGAAUCAUCCUGGGGAAGCCUAUACCAAACCUCGCUCUUCCGUGGCAACACUCUUGAACAGACCAAGGAGAAGUUCUCCAAACUGAACGUGGUGGAGAUAUCGAACUUCCUGAAGGAGCUUGAUGACUUUGUUGAGAAGUUCGAUAACGAGGGCCCGGGUAUUGUGGGUGAUGAUAUGGACAGAGGACUGGUGCUUAUGGAGGAAUACAAUAAAUACUUCGAUGAGCUAGAGUCGCGUAAAAAGAUGUUGCAAGCGGCUGAACAAUUGUUCGACAACCCUCUAGCCGACUUUUCCAACUUCAACCGCGCGAAAACCGACUUUCUGGCGAUGGACCAAGUCUACAAGAUCUACAAGGCACAGAAGAAUGCUAGGGAAGUGUGGGCCAAGACGUUGUGGGUGAAUCUGAACCCGCAAGCGUUGGUGGAUGGCAUUGAACAAUUCUUCAAAGAAUACAGGAAACUCCCAAAAGCCGUCCGACUUACGAACACUGGUCUUAUGCUGGACCUAAAGAUGAAGCAGUUCAAAGGAGUAGUGCCUCUUAUGGUGUCGCUAAAGAACGAAGCCAUGCGUGAAAGGCAUUGGAAAGAACUUAUGGCUAAAACUGGCCAGGACUUUGAUAUGUCACCGGAACGAUUCACUUUGGAGAACAUGUUUGCUAUGGAGCUGCAUAAGUACCAAGACGUUGCUGAGGAAAUUGUUAAUCACGCUAUAAAAGAAUUAGCCAUCGAACGCGGCGUCCGUGACGUGCAAGAGACAUGGGGAGCCAUUUCCUUCACCGUGGCCCGUCACUUCAACAGAGGGGAGGAUCGUGGCUACACCCUCAACCCUUGCGACGAAGUGGUCGUCAAACUGGACGAAGAUGCCAUGACGCUGCAGAGCAUGGCUGCUUCACAGUUCAUCGGCCCAUUCCUCUCAGUCGUUCACACGUGGGAGAGACGCCUGGCAUUGAUAUCAGAGGUCAUUGAGGAGUGGAUGGCCACGCAGCGAAAGUGGCUCUACUUGGAGGGCAUCUUCGUAGGCGGAGACAUCAGAGUCCAACUGCCAGAGGAGGCCAAGAAGUUUGACGAUAUUGACAAGUCUUUUAGAAAGAUCAUGUUGGAUACAGCCAAAAGACUAAACGUGGUCGACUGCUGCACUAUAAGCGGUAGAUUAGAAGAAUUCGUCAACCUAGGGCUUGGUCUACAAAAGUGUCAAAAGUCUCUGAACGACUACUUGGAUUCGAAACGGCGUGUGUUCCCAAGAUUCUUCUUCAUAUCAACAGACGAGUUGCUCUCAAUUCUUGGCAGCAGUGAGUGUAGCUGCGUCCAGGAGCAUAUGAUCAAGAUGUUUGACAACAUCAGAGCUCUAGACUUAUACGUAGAUCAUACUAAUCGUCCAGUAGCUGCCAAGAUGAUCUCUGCUGAAGGAGAGAUAAUGGACUUCAGAAAAGUGGUAUACACUGAAGGCAGAGUCGAAGAUUGGAUGAACUUGGUACUUGUUGAAAUGCGUAACACCAAUAAGUUUAUUACCAAAAAGGCUAUAUUCUACUACGGAAGAAACUGGAAGGUGCCAAGAACGGAAUGGAUCCUCGAGUAUCAAGGCAUGGUGUGUCUAGCAGCCAACGGCGUGUGGUGGACAGCCGAAACGGAAGAGACGUUCAUUCGUAUAAGAAAAGGGAACAAAAGGGCCAUGAAGGAACAUUUGCAGCAACAGAACGAGCAAUUGGACGGACUUGUAGUCAAAGUGCGACUAGACCUAUCCUCAAAUGACCGGCUGAAAUUCCGCACUAUAACAACAAUUGACGUGCACGCACGAGACAUCAUCGAGGGAUUCGUGCGAGAUAACGUGACAGAAGCGGCUGAGUUCGACUGGGAGAGCCAGCUGCGCUUUUACUGGCUGAAGAAAGACGACAAUCUAUGGAUCAGGCAGUGUACUGGGGUAUUUGAAUACGGCUACGAAUACAUGGGUCUAAACGGCCGGCUAGUGAUCACGCCGCUGACAGAUCGCAUCUACCUCACCAUCACGCAAGCCCUCACCAUGCAGUUAGGAGGAGCUCCUGCAGGCCCAGCCGGCACAGGCAAGACAGAAACGACGAAAGAUCUCGCCAAAGCAUUAGGUCUGCUUUGCGUUGUCACAAACUGCGGGGAAGGCAUGGACUUCCGCGCCGUAGGCCAAAUCUUAGCUGGACUGUGUCAAUGCGGCGCGUGGGGCUGCUUUGAUGAAUUCAACCGUAUUGACAUAUCCGUGCUGUCUGUCAUAUCUACGCAGCUACAGUGCAUAAGAAGUGCACUGCUUAUGAAGCUGAAGAGAUUUACUUUUGAAGGUCAAGAGAUCUCAAUGGACAACAAAGUAGGAAUCUUCAUCACGAUGAACCCCGGCUACGCGGGCCGCACCGAACUGCCUGAGUCGGUGAAGGCUCUUUUCAGACCCGUGGUGUGCAUCUUACCAGACCUUGAAAUGAUCUGCAUGAUAUCGCUGUUCUCUGAUGGGUUCCUGACAGCUAAAGUGCUAGCUAAAAAGAUGACAGUCCUGUACAAAGUGGCUAGAGAACAGCUAUCAAAGCAGUCCCACUACGACUGGGGAUUGCGGGCUUUGACUGCGGUGCUGCGCAUGGCGGGAAAACUCCGAAGAGACUCCCCCGGACUAAGCGAAAUUAUGGUGCUGAUGAGAGCUCUGAGAGACAUGAACUACCCGAAAUUCGUGUUUGAAGACGUGCCUCUCUUCCUGGGUCUGAUCAAGGAUCUGUUCCCGGGACUGGAGUGCCCGCGAGUCGGCUACCCGGAGUUCAACGCGGCUGUCAUUGAUGUACUAGAGACUGAUGGAUACAUUGUACUGGCGCAUCAGGUAGAUAAAGUAGUACAACUCUACGAGACGAUGAUGACGCGGCACUGCUCUAUGCUGGUGGGCCCUACAGGCGGCGGCAAGUCCGUCAUCUUACAGACCUUAGUCAAGGCGCAAACCAACCUGGGUCUUUCUACCAAGCUCCAAGUACUUAACCCCAAGGCGUGUUCUGUGAUUGAACUUUAUGGUAUCCUCGACCCGGUUACCAGGGAUUGGACUGAUGGUCUCUACUCCAAGAUCUUCCGUGAGAUGAACAGACCAGCAGAAAGAGACGAGCGACGCUACUCGCUAUUCGACGGCGACGUAGACGCCCUCUGGAUCGAAAACAUGAACUCAGUCAUGGACGACAACCGUCUGCUGACGCUCGCGAACGGUGAGCGAAUUCGGCUCGCGCCGUAUUGCUCGCUGCUGUUCGAAGUCGGAGAUUUGAACUACGCGUCGCCUGCGACCGUGUCUAGAGCUGGGAUGGUGUUCGUUGACCCUAAGAAUUUGGGAUACCAGCCAUAUUGGGAUAGAUGGCUCCGCAGCCGCAACAAUGAAGAAGAGCGUGAGCAAUUAGCCGGGCUCUUCGAACAUUACGUAGCUGGUGCCAUCAACUACAUCGUGUUCGGCAUGUUCGGCCUGCAGCAGCAGACGCCAUUGAAAACCAUAGUGCCACAGACGCCGCUCAACUUGGUGGUACAGCUGUGCUACAUGAUCAGUGGACUGAUGCCUAAUAAAGAAGAUAGCAACGAGGAAAUUGACAGGACCGUGGUGGAGUGUGUCUUCAUGGUGUCUAUGUACAACAGCUUGGGGGCCUCAAUAGUGGACGAUGGCCGCUUCGACUUUGACAACUACAUCAAAAAGGCAUGUCCGAUGAUGCUCGUGGAAGACACAAUCGAGAAGAAAGCUACUACAAAACACUUCCCCAUGGGAUUCCCGAGUCUAUACGACUAUUGCCUGGAGCUAACCACGCUGACAUGGGAAGCGUGGGAGUGGCUGGUGCCAACGUACGAGCAUGACAGGGACAUGAAGUUCCCGUCGAUUCUAGUCCCAACGGUGGACACGCUCCGGCUCACUUGGCUUAUCAAGAUCAUGGAGAGUGUGGAACGUCCAGUACUAUUAGUAGGUGACACUGGCACUUCAAAAACUGCAAUCAUCACAAACUAUCUGCAUGGAUUACCAGCUGAUAAAUACAUAAUUCAGCAAAUGAACUUCUCAUCGCGCACAUCGUCGAUGGACGUGCAAAGAAACUUGGAGUCGGUUGUAGAAAAACGAACCAAAGACACUUUUGGUCCUCCUGUAGGGAAGAAGAUGCUGGUAUUCAUAGACGAUAUGAAUAUGCCCAUUGUAGACACAUACGGAACUCAACAGCCAAUAGCCUUGCUAAAACUACUGUUCGAAAGGAAAGGAUUCUACGAUAGAGGCAAAGAUCUGAACUGGAAAAAUCUGAAAGAUAUAGGAUUCAUUGCUGCUAUGGGCAAAGCUGGUGGAGGACGAAAUGAUGUCGAUCCACGUUUCAUAUCAAUGUUUUCAGUGUACAACUUGCAAUUUCCAUCGGAAAACACAUUGCGACACAUCUACGUGUCAAUACUUCACGGUCACUUCAUAAUAUUCCCAGAUGAAAUUCAAGAAAUCGUCGACAAAAUUGUUCAAAUGACCCUAGAUUUGUACAAGAUAAUAAUAGUCGACCUGCCGCCAACACCAGCGAAAUUCCACUACAUCUUCAACCUUCGAGACCUGUCUCGCAUCGCAGCUGGAAUGUGCCUGACGCACCCUAACUUCUUCAGCGAGAAGCGUGCUGUUGUACGCUGCUGGCGCAAUGAGUUCACGCGCGUUAUUUGCGAUCGACUAAUCAACGUGCAGGACAAUGAGCUGAUGCGCGGCCACAUUCAAGAGCACAUCGUGAAAUAUUUCCCUGAAGAGGAGCCAGUGGUGCUGGAAGAGAUUGUGGUGGCCGAGGAAGAUCUUGUCGUUGAAGAAGAGGAAGAUGAGUUUGGAGAAAAAAUAGUAAAGCCAGCUGCCGCACCGUCUGUUGCGGCUGAGGCCGAACUGGAAAUCGAGGAGGAAGAAAUUGAAGUCGAAAAGGAGCUUACGCUAGAAGAGUAUGUCCUUCGAGACCCUUUAUUGUUCGGCGACUACCGCAACGCUUUGGAUGAAGAGGAAAUACGAUAUUACGAGGAUUUGCUUGACUACGAAGCUGUCUAUUUUCUGUUUCAAGAGAUAUUAGACGAAUUCAACGAGCGUAUCGGCAAAAUGUCUGUAGUGUUGUUCGAGGAUUGUCUCGAGCAUUUGACGCGCGCGCAUCGAAUCCUGCGCAUGGACCGCGGCAACGCUAUGAUCAUCGGCGUCGGCGGCUCCGGGAAGAAGUCCAUCUGCCGCCUGGCUUCAUUUGCUGCUGGUUGCGAAAUGUUCGAGAUCACGGUGACGCGGAACUACAACGAGAACACGUUCAAGGACGACAUGAAGCGGAUGUACAACCAGCUAGGUGUGGAUGGCAAGAAAACCGUAUUCCUCUUCACCGCUGCACAGAUCCUUGAAGAAGGCUUCCUGGAAUUCAUCAACAACAUCCUAAUGAUUGGGAUGAUCCCUGCGCUGUUUGGCGAUGAUGAAAAAGAUGGCAUCAUCAACGCCGUGCGCAACCAAAGCGCUGAGGCUGGAUAUGGUAUAGCCAAAGAUGCUGUAUGGAACUUCUUCUGCAACAAAUGCGCUGACAAUCUCCACGUGGUGUUGUCUAUGUCCCCCAGUGGUGAUAUUCUCAGAAAUAGGUGCCGCAGUUUCCCUGGCUUAGUGAACAACACUACCAUAGACUGGCAGUUCCCGUGGCCGAAACAAGCGCUGUUAGCUGUGGCUAACGUCUUUUUAGCUGAUGUCCAAAAGAUCCCAGACGAGUUCCGAUCCAUCAUAGUGGAGCAUGUAGUCCACGUGCACAUGUCAGUAGCGCGAUACUCUGUGGAGUUCCUUCUGAGGUUGAGAAGGAACAACUACGUCACGCCCAAACACUACAUGGACUUCUUAACUAACUACUUAUCGCUGCUCAAUGAGAAGGACGCGUUUAUUAUUGCUCAGUGCGAACGUCUAAUAGGCGGUCUAGCCAAAAUCGAAGAAGCAAACGUACAGUUGGAAGACUUGAAUGCUAAACUGGCGGUGCAAAAGAUCAUCGUCGCCGAACAGACUAAGGAAUGCGAGAUAUUGCUGAAAGAGAUUUCUACGGCUACCGAAGCAGCCGUGGUGAAACAGAACGUGGCUGCCAUCAAAUCGGUCGAAAUAACCGAGCAGAGCGUGGUCAUAGCCGAGGAAAAAUCUGAGGCCGAAGAGGCUCUCUCGGCAGCCUUGCCGGCAUUAGAAGCAGCCAGAUUGGCGCUAGCCGACUUGGAUAAGAACGAUAUCACUGAGAUCAGGUCUUUUGCUACACCGCCAGAAGCUGUGCAAGUGGUAUGCGAAUGCGUGGUGAUCAUUCGUGGCAUCAAAGACGUGAGCUGGAAAGGUGCUAAGGGCAUGAUGGCGGACCCGAACUUCUUGCGCAAUCUGCAGGAGAUGAACUGUGACCUCAUCACACAGGCGCAAGUCAAGGCUGUCAAGGCGCACAUGAAGAAAAGUAAAAAGCUGGAUACUAUGCAGCAGAUCAGCAAGGCUGGAUACGGCCUCCUGAAAUUCGUCAUCGCCGUCCUCGGCUACUGCGCCGUCUACAAAGAGGUGAAGCCCAAACAGGACAAAGUGGAAGCUCUCGAGAAAGAAUACUCUGAAGCGGUCAACUACCUCGCCUCGUUGAACCGAGAGAUCGACCGGUUACAAAGAACUUUAGACGGCCUCAACAAUAGAUACGAUACAGCCAUGAUGCGACGACAGGAGUUGCAGGAAGAAACCGAUAUCAUGAUGCGACGAUUAGUCGCAGCCGAUAAACUUAUGUCUGGGUUGUCGAGCGAACAGGCGCGGUGGAAAAUAGAACUGGCAGCUUUAUACGUAGAACAAUCGAGACUGAUCGGGAACUGUCUGUUAGCCGCUUCGUUCCUGAGCUACGCGGGGCCAUUCUCGUUCUCGUUUAGGCAGACGAUGAUAUAUGAAGACUGGUUAGGCGAUGUGCUGGACAGAGGCAUUCCGCUCACACAACCUUUCACUAUUGAAAGGAAUUUGACCAAUGAAGUUGAGAUUAGCGGAUGGAACUCCGAAGGUCUGCCACCAGACGAGUUGUCGGUACAGAAUGGUAUUUUGACAACUCGCGCGUCACGAUUCCCGCUUUGUAUCGACCCUCAAACACAGGCCCUCACAUGGAUUAAGAAGAAGGAAGCCAAGAACAACCUUAAGGUGCUGUCGUUCAACGACCCGCAGUUUCUGCGUCAGCUGGAGAUGGCCAUCAAGUACGGGCUGCCGGUGCUGUUUCAAGACGUCAACGAGUACAUCGACCCCGUCGUCGACAACGUACUGGAGAAGAACAUCAAAAUUGAAGGCGGGCGUACCUUCGUGAUGCUGGGCAGUUCCGAAGUGGACUACGACCCCAAAUUCCGAAUGUACCUCACCACAAAACUGGCCAACCCGCAGUUCAACCCUGCUGCUUACGCCAAGGCCGUCGUCAUCAACUACACCGUCACUGUACAGGGUCUAGAAGAUCAGCUACUCAGCGUGGUGGUCCGCGCCGAGCGUUCCGAUCUCGAAGAGCAACGAGAGUCUCUGAUCAUCGAGACUAGCGCCAACAAGAGUCUUCUGUCCGGCCUCGAGGACUCUCUACUGCGAGAACUGGCCACCUCCACCGGCAACAUGUUAGACAACGUGGAGCUCGUCAACACGCUCGAGAACACCAAGUCCAAGGCCGCUGAGGUCAUGGAAAAACUAGCACUGGCAGAGGCAACCACAAAGGACAUCGAAAAAUUCCGCGAUGGCUACCGACCCGUGGCGAAGCGAGGCUCCAUCCUAUUCUUCGUGCUAUCAGACAUGGCAGGCGUAAAUUCUAUGUACCAGUACUCAUUGUCUUCGUAUCUUGAUGUGUUUUCGUUUUCGCUGCGAAAGGCAAUGCCAAAUGUAAUCCUGGCCAGACGUCUAAGGAAUAUCAUCGAUAUGUUGACCAAAAACGUGUAUGAUUAUGGUUGCACAGGUAUAUUCGAACGGCACAAGCUUCUGUUCUCGUUCCAAAUGGACAUAAAGCUGGAACAAAGCGAGGGCAACGUCAGCCAGAUGCAACUGGACUUCUUCAUCAAGGGGAACGUUUCUCUUGAGAAGUCACCCACACCUUGCCCGGCUUCUUGGAUACCAGCUCAGGGAUGGCAAGAUAUCAUGAAGCUGAGUUUAGACUUCGAGAUAUUUUCAACUCUUCCCGACAACAUUGCCAGAGGCCUCGACGUCUGGCAAGAGUGGUUCGACAGCGACACCCCAGAGUCUGCGGAAAUCCCGAACAACUACCGGGACAUUCUUCAGCCCUUCGAGAUCCUGAUGCUUCUCCGAUGCUUCCGCGUCGACCGUAUAUACCGUGCGCUCACAGACUACAUCACCGUCACCAUGGGCGAGGAGUACAUCACGCCGCCCGUCAUCAGCUUGGACAUGAUAGUGGAGCAGACCACGCCGUAUACCCCGGUGGUGUUCAUCCUAAGCCCCGGCUCCGACCCGACAGCCGACCUGAUGAAGCUGGCCGACCGCUGCGGCUUCGGCGGCGGCAAGUUCAAGUAUCUCUCCCUGGGACAGGGGCAGGAAGGGGCUGCCUUAGCCCUGCUUGAGGGAGCCAUCUCCCACGGCCAGUGGCUGAUCCUUCAGAACUGCCACCUGCUGGUGUCCUUCCUGCGCGAGCUGGAGAAGCAACUGGAGCUCAUGGAGAAACCGCACCCCGAGUACCGGCUGUGGCUCACCACCGACCCCACGCCCACCUUCCCCAUCGGCAUCCUGCAGCGCUCGCUGAAAGUGGUGACGGAGCCUCCGAACGGUUUGAAGCUCAACCUUCGCAACACUUACUUCAAGAUGCGGACACAUGCUUUGGAAGAGUGUCCUCACCCUGCCUACAAGAAGCUUGUAUACGUGCUGGCCUUCUUCCACGCUGUCGUGCAGGAGCGUCGCAAGUACGACAAGAUCGGUUGGAACAUAUCGUACGACUUCAGCGAGUCGGACUUCGUGGUGAGCAUGCAGAUUCUGCAAUGCUACCUGGAGCGCUGCCACGCCGCCAAAGGACCCAUACCUUGGUCCACACUCAAGUAUCUCUUUGGCGAGGUGAUGUAUGGCGGCCGUGUGAUAGACGACUUCGACCGACGCGUAGUACGGACCUACAUGGAGGAGUACAUGGGAGAGUUCCUGUUCGACAAGUUCCAGCCCUUCCAUUUCUACCGGGACUCGGUUUUCGACUACGUCAUCCCGCCGGACGGCGAGAGAGAUCAGUACAUAGAAUUCAUCGACGUGCUACCCCUAGCAAACACUCCAGAAGUGUUUGGGCUCCAUCCCAAUGCAGAGAUCGGAUACUUCAGCCAGGCCGUGCGCGAGAUGUGGGGACACUUGAUCGAAUUGCAGCCGCAGACAAGCGACUCGGGCGGCGCGAUGAGCCGCGAGGACUUCAUCGACAUGAUCGCGGUGGACGUGCUGGGCAAGCUGCCGCCGCUGUUCGAGAUCUGGCGCGUGCGCAAGCAGUUCGAGAUUAACAUCACGCCCACGCUCGUCGUGCUGCUGCAGGAGCUUGAGAGAUUCAAUCGUCUCGUGGGACGGAUGCGUAGCACGCUAUCUUUACUACGCAAGGCUUUGGCCGGCGAGAUUGGCAUGGACGCGGUACUGGACAACGUGUCCUACAGCCUUUUCAACGGGCAGCUGCCUCAAGUAUGGCGGAGCCUCGCACCCGCUACUUGCAAGGGGCUGGGCGGCUGGAUGGAUCACUUCACCACACGAACUAAGCAGUACACCGACUGGGCAACGAUGGAGGAGCCGAUCGUGAUCUGGCUGUCGGGGCUACACAUCCCUGAGUCGUACCUCAUCGCACACAUCCAGAUCGCGUGCCGCCUCUACACGUGGCCGCUCGACCGCUCCACGCAGUUCACGCGUGUCACUAAGUGGACUAACGCGGACGACAUCGAGGAGCGUCCGGUCACUGGCUGCUACGUGCGAGGCCUGUAUUUGGAGGGCGCGCGCUGGGACCUGACGGACGGCUGCCUGCGCCGCUCGCACCCCAAGGUGCUGGUCACCGAGCUGCCCAUCAUGUAUAUCAUCCCCAUCGAGUUCCACAAGCUCAAGCUGCAGAACACCCUACGGACGCCGGUAUACACAACGUCGCAACGCCGCAACGCGAUGGGCGUCGGACUGGUGUUCGAGUCGGACCUCUGGACCACGGAGCACUACAGCCACUGGGUGCUUCAGGGAGUCUGCCUCAUCAUGAACACUGACUGAUUACAUAUAGUUUACUUCCAAAGCAUGAAUGGAUCAUAUUCAAGCAUGAAUGGAUCAUAUUCUAAUAGUUUUUAAAUGCAAAUAAUGUUUGAUUGCAAUACUGCUUAUAAAUAAGUACACAUGAUUAAUGUUUUUAACUAGUCAAUAGUUAUACCAUUAAUGCUAUAAUGUAAAGCUUGUGUGCAAUGACUAAAUAAUGUACCUAAAAUUGAACUAUUUUUAAUUUUAUUCAGUAUUAUUAGAUUUAUUUUAAAUGUAAUUUAACUAGUUAUUAAUAAAAUAAAGG